AUGGCCAGCCAACUUUCCGUCAAGCUGAACGCACCCAAUGGGCAGUCGUGGGAUCAGCCCACUGGGCUCUUCAUCGAUAAUGAAUUCGUUGCCUCCUCGGGCGGCACUAUCACAUCUAUCGACCCCGCUACUGAGAGACUUAUUACGACGGUUCACGCUGCCAGCGCUGAGGACAUUGACAAGGCCGUCAAAGCUGCCCACGCGGCCUUCCGCUCCCCAAAGUGGAAGGACUUGGCUGCGACAGAGCGUGGCAUCCUCAUGAGCAAUCUCGCAAAUCUCAUAGAGUCUAACAAGGAGCUUCUAGCUACCAUCGACGCUUGGGAUAACGGCAAGACCUAUAACGAGGCCCUCACCAACGACCUGAAUGAGGCUGUCGCCACAAUCCGCUACUACAGUGGCUGGGCAGACAAAAUCCACGGACAGACCAUCUCUGUUCCGAAUAAGUUUGUGUACACGCUCCGUCAGCCUGUUGGUGUCGUUGGACAGAUCAUCCCCUGGAACUAUCCCUUGUCGAUGGCGACUUGGAAGCUCGGCCCCGCGCUGGCCUGCGGAAACACCGUCGUUCUCAAGGCUGCCGAGCAGACUCCCCUGAGCAUUCUGGUGCUUGCUCAACUUAUCAAGGCAGCUGGUUUCCCACCUGGAGUUGUGAAUAUUGUCAAUGGCCAUGGCAAAGUGGCCGGAUCAGCACUCGUGUCUCACCCUUUGGUGGACAAGAUCGCAUUCACAGGCUCGACUGCUACGGCCACUGCUAUUAUGAGUAUGGCUGCUAGCACUCUAAAGAAUAUUACUUUAGAGACGGGUGGAAAGUCCCCUCUUAUCGUUUUUAGUGACGCUGAGUUUGACGAGGCUGUUAAGUGGUCCCAUAUGGGAAUCAUGUCUAAUCAGGGUCAAAUCUGCACAGCGACGUCUCGCAUUCUUGUGCAGCAGGAUAUUUAUCAACGUUUCAUUUCCAAGUAUGUUGAGGAAGUUGAGAAAACCAGCAAGGUCGGUAAUCAGUGGGAUCCUGAGACAUACCAAGGCCCCCAAGUCUCUAAGCAACAGUACGACCACAUCAAUUCAUAUCUCGAGGUUGGAAAGUCGGAGGCCAACGUCGCUAUUGGCGGAGUGAAGCUUUCCAUUGAUGAUGGCAAGGGCUUUUAUAUCGCCCCUACGGUCUUUACUGAUAUGAAGAGCGACUCAAGGAUCUGGUGCGAGGAGAUCUUCGGUCCAGUUGUGUGCAUCAAGCCGUUCGAGGAUGAGUCCGAGGCAAUUUGGGAGUCCAACAACUCCAAGUACGGUCUUGGUGCUGCUAUUUUCACAAAGGAUCUAACAAAGGCCCACCGUGUGGCGGACAAAAUUGAGUCGGGUACGGUAUGGGUUAAUAGUACGCAAGAUUGCGACCCCCGUGUGCCGUUUGGUGGAGUGAAACAAAGCGGAAUCGGCAGAGAGCUGGGCGAGGCUGGCUUAGAAGCUUAUACGCAGGUCAAGGCUGUUCAUGUCAACAUGAACAACAGGCUAUAG